AUGGCAUCUGCGGACGAGCUGAAGGCUCUAGGCAACAAGGCUAUUGCCGAGAAGAACUUCGAUGAAGCUAUCGACAAAUUUACCCAAGCUAUUGCCCUCCAACCCGAAAACCACAUUCUCUACAGCAACCGCUCGGCUGCCUACGCUUCCAAGAAAGAAUGGGACAAUGCCCUACAGGAUGCUGAGAAGACGACCGAGAUCAAGCCUGACUGGGCCAAAGGAUAUGGUCGUAAAGGUGCAGCUUUGCACGGAAAGGGCGACCUCGUUGCCGCCCAUGAUGCCUACGAAGCUGGUCUGAAGCAAGAUCCCAACAAUGCUCAGCUCAAGAGCGGCCUAGCCUCUGUUGACAAGGCCAUUGAGCACGAGGCUGCUCCCAUGGCUUCGGACCCUGGUGCCGGAAUUUUCAAAAUGUUCAAUGACCCCCAACUCAUCCAGAAGCUCGCUUCCAACCCCAAGACCAGCUCACUUCUGGCCGAUCCCUCGUUCAUGGCCAAGCUGCAACUCAUUCAGAAGGACCCCCAGAAUAUGCAAUCAUUGUUUGAUGACCCACGAAUGCUGCAGGUCCUCGGCGUGUUGAUGGGUGUCGAUCUUGAAACCCGCGAAUCUGCGCCUGAGGGUGCCAACGUCCAGGAGUUCCCCAUGACAGAUGCUCCACCACCAGAGCCCAAGAAGCCCGAACCUGCCAAGGCACCCGAGCCUGAGCCUGAGGAGAUCGAUGAAGAGGCAUUGGAGAAGAAGAAGGCCAAGGAGGCUGCCGACAAGGAGAAGGCGCUCGGUACCGAGAACUACAAGAAGCGAAACUUCGAUGAGGCCAUUGCUCACUACACCAAGGCCUGGGAACUCUUCAAGGACAUCACCUACCUCAACAACCUCGGCGCUGCCUACUUCGAGAAGGGUGACUACGAGAAGUGCAUUGAAGCCUGCCAGAAGGCAGUCGAGGAGGGUCGUGAGAUCUACGCUGACUUUAAGCUUAUUGCCAAGAGUUAUGCCCGUAUCGGUACCUCUUAUGAGCGCCUGGGUGAUAUGGACAAGGCUGUUGAGAACUACAACAAGUCUUUGACUGAACACCGAACACCCGAUGUCCUUACCAAGCUCCGUGCUGCCGAGAAGGCCAAGGCGGAGGCCGCUAAGUCUGCAUACGUUGAUCCUGCCAAGGCUGAGGAGGCUCGUGAGGAGGGUAACAAGAAGUUCAAGGAGAUGGAUUUCCCCGGCGCCGUCGCCGCUUACUCUGAGAUGAUCAAGCGUGCCCCCCAGGAUCCUCGUGGAUACAGCAACCGCGCUGCUGCCUUCGUCAAGCUCUUCGAAUUCCCUAGCGCUCUAGAUGACUGCAACCAAGCCAUUAAGCGCGACCCUACCUUCAUCCGAGCCUACAUCCGCAAGGCCCAGGCUUACUUCGGCAUGCGCAAGUACUCCGAAUGCGUGGAUGCCUGUACCGAGGCCGCGGAGGUUGACCAAGCAUCUCACAACGGUGCUAACGCCCGUGAGAUUGAGCAACAGCAGCAGAAGGCUUUCUCAGCCAUGUACUCUGCCCGCGACAACGAGACUGAGGAGCAAACCAAGGAGCGCCUCCAGAACGAUCCCGAAAUUAUGGGUAUCAUGCAGGACCCUGUCAUGCAGUCUAUCCUGCAACAGGCUCAGACCAACCCACAGGCUCUGCAGGAGCACAUGCGCAACCCUAGCGUGCGGACCAAGAUCCAGAAGCUCAUGGCCGCUGGUGUCAUCCGGGUAGGACGCAACUAA